AUGAAAGAAGAUAAUAUAGAGAAAGGCUCUAUCGGAAUCAAAGAUGAAAAAGAUCACCAAGUCGGCACCAUUGCGGACCUAGACGAAGGAGAGGCUUUCCUUCACGAACAUGGCUUCACUCAGGUAGCAAUGCAGGUGCUUUUGGAUGAUGAAAAGCGCAACAAGUCACUGGUACGCAGGGUGGACCUUGUGCUCCUACCACUUCUCGCAGGUACCUACGUCCUUCAGUAUAUCGACAAGUCUGCACUGGCGUACUCCGCGGUUUUCGAUCUCUUUACAUCAACACACAUGUCCAGCAACCAAUAUAGUUGGCUAGCCAGCAUUUUCUACUUAGCCUAUCUGGUUGCUGAAUAUCCCUGGAAUAUUCUUGCACAAAAGACGAAACUCGCCAAAGUUGUCUCAGGAAAUGUUGUUGCUUGGGGUGCAAUGCUUAUGAUUACCGCCGCCUGCACCUCAUUCACUGGUAUGGCGAUUUGCCGUUUCCUUCUGGGCAUCUUCGAAGCACCCAUCACGCCAUGCUUCAUGAUGAUUGUGGGCAUGUGGUACACGCGUGAUCAACAGCCUUUUCGUGCAGGUAUCUUCUACAGUUGUAACGGGCUGGGCGCCGUCAUUGGCGGUGUUCUGACUUUUGGAAUUGACGACAUCAUUUCUGCAACACGUUUCAAGUUGGAAGACAAGGCUCUUUUGAUCAGUCGCAAUCGACUCGGAAGAACAGGUGUGAUGAACCACAAAAUCAAGUGGUAUCAGAUUCGAGAGGCUUUGGUUGAUCCUCAAGUCUGGAUCUUGUUCUUCUAUACCCUUUUCAAUGAGAUCAUCAACGGCGGAAUAGCCAGCUUUGGCAAGCUCAUUAUCAAAGGCUUGACAAACGAUCCUCUCAUGACAUGUGCGCUUGGAAUACCCAUGGGCGCCUUUCAAAUCUUCUGGAUUUUGAGUGGAACAUUCUUCGCAUCCCGUGUUCGCAAUUCUCGCACCAUCGUCAUGUUCAUCUACCUGGCGCCUACCGUUAUUGGCACCUGCUUGAUGUGGAAACUGCCUCACAAUACCAACAAGGUAGGGGUACUGUUUGGCUACUACAUCGUUGGUGCAUAUGUCUGCCCUCUAGUUCUGUCACUGCAGAUGCCAGCCACCAAUCUUGGAGGCUACACUAAACGGUCCACCGGUGUCGCCCUUGUAUUUUUGGCCUAUUGUGCUGGAAACAUAAUUGGUCCUCACGCAUUCUUAGCCAAGGAGGCCCCCAUCUACCAGACCGGCUGCAAGGUCAUCGUUGCUUGCGCAUCUGCUCAAGCAGUUCUGGCUAUCUGUCUGCGGCUGCUGUUGGUUCGUCGAAACAAAAAAAGAGACGCAACGGCUGCUGCCGAUCAAGACGGUGCUAGAGUCCAAUCAGAAUAUGAGGAGAUGGCUGAUCUUACCGACUUUGAGAAUCCAAGGUUCCGAUACGUGUUGUGA